CAAGUGCAGCUGGCGGCAGGAGACUUUAACAAGCGUGGCGCUUUGUUGUAAAAUUAGGGCUGUCAGAUUAAACUCAAGGUAAACCAUAUCUCCUAUUUCACAAAGGCAGAGAAGCCCACACCUGUAGCCACUAUCCUUAACUAAGACGGGCAGUGGACCGCAGACUUUCCAUGUCGAUUAUCCAUUUAUCAUUUGCGUGUUUGAGAAUUGGUUCAGUGACUAGAAAGCAGCAGAGAGGCAUGAGGGAACACGGAACGUCUUAAGGAAGUUAUUGGAAAUGAGGGAAUGACAUCACCGCAGCGUUUGCGUGGCUUUGUUUGGUGCGUGCGCUGGCCACGCCUUCCUGCCGGCGCGGCCAUAAAACGAGCCGCACGGAGCGCGUGCACCAGUUGAACUCCAGCAGCGGGCGACAACAGGUGCGCGUCAGGCUCCUCCCCCCCCGUCGCUGCCGGAUAAUGCCCGCAGAGCACCGCUCGUCUGUUCGCGCACGGCCUCCUCGUCCGCACUUUGAGCGUUUGCACGUUUUUAUAUCCUGAUCACUUCCCGCUCACGCGAACAUGCCUUUCCCGCCCAUCAGCCUCCACGCGCGGAUCUCCUCUCCCGGCAGGGAUUUAUUCGGGAAGAAGAAACCCGGCGGAGUGCCUGAGUUCACCAGCAAAUCCGGCGGAGACAAGGGGGGCUCCGACAAGGAGAAGCCGUCCGCUCCCUGGACGCCGUCUAAUUUGAGGAAUCUGGGGCGAAAAGCCCACCAAGACAAGGCUAAAAGCCCGGCUCAGCGGCCGGGGGGCGAACCGGAGACUCAGGGAAGAUGCUCCUGGCUGGCGGUGCCCAAACCUCAGGACGCCUCGGAAGCGGUGAGGCGCUCCAGCUCCAUGGACUCCUCCAGGCAGCUCCACGGCAAAGAGGACGGGAAGAAGGACCUCCAGUUCACGCUCAGCCUGACCCCCGAAGCCAUUCUCGUCAUCCAAAAGCGCAACCUGGAGAAGCAGAUGAUGGCGAAGCAGCAGAAGUGCUGCGCCUCCGCGGACUUUCGCCACCGGCGCGUUUUCCCGUCCAAAAAGGCGCACGGCGCAUCCAAGGGCUGCGCUGGCGUCGGCAAAGCGGACAGCCCCGAGCAGGACAUCACCGCCAUCGUCAAAAUAUCUCUACUGAAUGACCAGUACAAGUACGACGAUGUGGAGUACGAGGAGGAGGAUGGGGAUGUGGAUGAGACUGUUGUGAGGAAAUGCAAAGAGUGGCUGAAGGGGGUCGAAAAUGCCGCAGCUCUGGGAAAAGUUGACAAAGUUUCUGCACUUCCGCACCUUAAAGGCUGCUGACAUCGUUCGUUUAUCAACUUUGGUGGUUGGGAAAUAACGAUGGACUGGUGAAAUGGCCCACGCGGGCCUCCAUACUUGAGUCUUGUACAUGAAACGUUUGUAAAUGAGGGGAGAACACGCGUCUCCGAACGAAUGUCACUUUGUGUGGGGAUGUUUUUCUAAAGUCGAUGUCACUGCCUUAAAAUUAUAAUAAGAGGAGUCGGCUGCAUUGGAAGAACAGUAUAUGUGGCGUUCACGUGUCCGGUGGAAAAAAUAGAUUUUUCAGCCUUUGCAGUCUGGCUCAUCCUCCAGCGUAUCUUAUGCUUCACAGGGACAUUCCUUCUCCAGUCAGAUGCCUAGUUGAUGUUUUUGUUAAAGUUUGGAUUUAAUACCUUAACAUUCUCGUCAUUUGCACAUGUUUUUUUGUUUUCAGCGGGGCGCCAGUGGGUUGGUAAAGGACGCAAUACGGUUCCUUUGUGCUGGGGAACAAUAAGCUGUCAACACAGGGCGUCAUGUGCCCCUGCUGCUGAAACCAAACUGUACUGUCCAUUUUACCUCUAAGGGAGGGUUGUAUCCUUGCAGGGCUUAUUGCUGAUGUACAGUAUUUAAUAUUGACUAAAUAUUUGUACUGUCAAAUGUUUUCUCAGCUGACAUGAUGUCAUUCGAAGUAAAAUGAUGUUUUUUAA